AUGAUGGAAAAAUUCAAUGGUACCUCUGAAGACUACUUAAUUCUGUUGGGUUUUUCUAAUUGGCCUCACCUGGAAGUAGUUCUUUUUGUGUUGAUCUUGAUAUUCUACCUGAUGACACUGAUAGGCAACAUGUUCAUCAUCGUCUUGUCUUACCUGGAUUCCCAUCUUCAUACUCCCAUGUACUUCUUCCUCUCAAAUCUCUCUUUCCUGGAUCUCUGCUACACUACAAGCUCUCUCCCACAACUGCUGGUGAACUUGUGGGGCCCAGAGAAGACCAUUUCUUAUACUGGUUGUAUGGUUCAACUUUAUUUUGUCCUUGCCUUAGGAGCCACAGAGUGUAUCCUGUUGAUGGUGAUGUCCUAUGACCGUUAUGCAGCUGUGUGUAGACCCUUGCAUUACACUGUCCUCAUGCACCCUCGAUUCUGCCACUUGCUUGCUGUGGCUUCUUGGGUAUGUGGUUUUACCAACUCAGCAGUUCAUUCUCUCUUUAUCCUCUGGGUACCCCUCUGUGGAAAUCGUCAAGUGGAUCACUUCUUCUGUGAAGUACCAGCACUCCUGCAAUUAUCCUGUUUUGACACUCAUGCUAAUGAGCUGACUCUUAUGGUCACCAGCUCUAUUUUUGUUCUUGUACCCCUUAUUCUCAUUUUUACCUCUUAUGGUGCCAUUGCUCAGGCAGUACUGAGGAUGCAGUCAACUACUGGACUUCAGAAAGUCUUCAGGACAUGUGGAGCCCAUCUUAUGGUGGUCUCCCUCUUUUUCAUUCCAGUUAUGUGCAUAUAUCUUCAACCAUCAACUGAAAAUUCUCAAGACCGAGGCAAGUUCAUUGCUCUGUUUUAUACUGUUGUCACACCUAGCCUCAACCCACUCAUCUAUACCCUCCGAAACAAAGAUGUAAGAGGGGCASUUAAGAGAUUAAUGGGGCGAGAAUAA